ACGGUAACAUCUUGAAACAUCAUGCUGGAUGUUGGAUCCUGCGAUCAUCAUGAUUUCCGAUGUUCAGCUGGCCGUGUUCUGCAACGUGUUGGGAGUGUUCCUCUUCCUGCUGGUCGUCGGCUUUCACUACAUUAACGCCAACAUGGGAAAGUGA